UCCUCUCUCUCUGCAGAACAUCCUCCCUGCAGAACCACACCAAGAGGAGGAGGAAGAGGAGGAAGAGGGAGGUAUUAUGGUGGCUGGAGAGCUGGUCCAGGAGCAUGUGCGUCCAGACACAGGAGCACUUGGAGAUGUGGAGCUCGGAAGAAGGUCUCCAGAACCAGAACUUUACGCACAGCCGACCCAUGGAGAGGUUCCGACCCAUGGAGAGAGGAGAGACAAGGAGCUGCUGCAGGAGGAGAGAGAGGCGAUGCUGCCCAAUGGAGGAGGAGGAGGAGGAGGAGGAGAGGAGCUGGAGACCAGGCUGUACCGACGCAGGUUCGCAGUCCUCACAGUGUUCAGCCUGUCCUCCCUGGUCAACGCCUUCCAGUGGAUCCAGUACAGCAUCAUCACCAAUGUCUUCACGCACUACUACCAGGUGGCCAAUGACAAGGUGGACCUGCUCUCCAUCGUCUACAUGCUGGUGUAUGUGCCUCUCAUCUUCCCGGCCACCUGGCUGCUGGACAGGAAGGGUCUCCGGCUCACGGCCCUGCUGGGAGCCGGACUCAACUGCGCCGGUGCCUGGAUGAAGUGCGCCAGUGUGAGUCCGGAGCGGUUCGGGGUCACCGUGGCGGCGCAGGUGGUCUGCUCCGUGGCGCAGGUGUUCAUCCUCGGCCUGCCGUCCAGAGUCGCCUCGGUGUGGUUCGGGCCCGGGGAGGUCUCCACUGCGUGUGCAGGGGCCGUGCUGGGGAACCAGUUAGGAACAGCCAUAGGUUUCCUGCUGCCUCCGGUUUUGGUUCCCAACACGCCCGAUGACGUUGAACUUAUGGGUCACAACAUCAGCAUCAUGUUCUACGGCACCGCUGCUGUGUCCACCGUGCUCUUCAUCCUCACUGUUAUAGUGAUUAAGGACCGCCCCCCCCUCCCUCCCAGUCACGCCCAGGCCGUCCUACCAAGCUCCCCCACCGAAGAUUACUCCUACAAACAGUCCAUCGUGAACCUGAUGAAGAAUAAAGCGUUUGUGUUCCUGCUCAUCAGCUACGGUAUAAUGACUGGUUCCUUCUACUCUGUCUCAACACUACUCAACCAGAUGAUCUUGGCCUGCUAUGCGAACUCGGAGUUGAAUGCUGGGAGAAUCGGUUUGACUCUGGUUGUUGCUGGGAUGGGCGGCUCCAUCCUGUGUGGCGUGUGGCUGGACCACACCAAGACAUACAAGAUGACGACGCUGAUCGUGUACGGCCUGUCGUUUCUGGGCAUGGUGGUCUUCACCUUCACCCUGAAGCUCAACAACAUCAUUCUGGUCUUCUUCACGGCUGGAGCUCUGGGGUUCUUCAUGACGGGUUACCUUCCUCUGGGCUUUGAGUUCGGAGUGGAGAUCACCUACCCAGAGUCUGAAGGAACGUCGUCAGGACUCCUCAAUGCUUUUGCUCAGAUGUUUGGGAUCAUAUUCACUCUGAUUCAGGGCAAACUGAUCACAAACUACAAUCCCCUGAUUGGAAAUAUCUUCCUCUGCGCCUGGAUCUUCCUGGGAAUACUGCUCACUGCCUUAAUUAAGUCAGAACUGAAAAGACACAAUGUCAACAUGGAGGCGGACAAGGAUCACAUGAAAGCACUCCAUGAUGCCAAGUCUAAUCAAGCACGGACACGAUCGUCAGUGGAUUUACCAGCAGGGGGGCCACCAACGGGGCACAGAGGGCCAACGUUACCAGUCCAAACCUGCAGUGGGAUCCUGGUCUCAUCCUCCAAUACACUUGCAAAGAAGAUUACCUCCAAUUGACUGAACUUUGGCUUUCAUUAUGGAGAGGUAGUUGUGUAUUAUAUAUAAAAAAAAGAAAAAAAAAAGCAGGCAACGUCAUGCAGAAGAUGCUCCAGUGCACUUUUCAAAGAAAAACAAGCUUCCAAUUCCUACAUCGCCAUCAAAAGGUCGGCUGUAGUUGAGAUGAAAUACUCCAGGUGACGUUUUCAUGUUUUGGAGUCUUGUCUGGAGUUUUGUCUGUGAGGAAGAACUAGAGAGCCAUUCUGUUUGGUUUUGUACUGAGGCCACUGCACACUGCACACACUGCACAGGGCCAACGUCACCUGAGUUUACUUGAAUUUGACUUCUUCAUGCUCUGGACUGAAGUUGUGAAACACACUGUAAAUGUUCAUUUGAUGUCUUGUUUUACGUACGACAGAAGUUAUGUGGAACGAGUCAACACACCUGAAACCUGGUUUGAAGCUGCCUACGACAGGAAAAGAAGACAUGAAUCAUGUUUUUUCUUCUGUCAUGCUGCAUGCAUAUCAGACACGCCAAGUAGCAGAUAAAUCAUUUUGCAUCUCCGUUACACUGGCCAGACUUUGUCAUAAAUGGUAUGAUAGUAAGUCUGAGGAGGUCUCGACUAUUAGAGGUUUUUAUUUGCACCUUUUUCCUUUUGACAUUGGUUUACAUGUUGAUGUUGCUCUUUAUUUGCUUGAAUCCAUAAAAAGCUGGAGUUUGCGCAAAAGAGUAAAAUGUGUAGAAGAAUUGUAUUUGGGUUUUUGUUUACUGGGGUGCAUCCCUGUGCUUUCCCCUCUUUUUCUUCCCUAAACUCACCACAAAGGGAGUAAAGGUCAUUUAAAACGGCUUAUUUGCUAUGAAGGUGCUCUGACAUAACACUAUGCUUAUGAUUAAGAUACUGACAUUUGAGAAAUAACCAUCUGCAGUAGUAAAAUACAACAUGUGUUGUAUCUGUCUGGCUUGUAAAAUGUCCUCCCUGCACAAACCACAACGGACCAAACAAAUAUAAACAGUUUAGUGCACAAUAAGAAAAAGCACGCACAACUACAGGCUUUACACCUACAGGUGUGAUUGCAGAUGAGUUUUUAAUGUUGACCUCUGUUUAUUACACCAUGUAAGUCACAGCUGAGGGACGGGAGGACAGCGCCAUCUAGUGGGUUUUCUUUAGUAGAAACAAAGAAAGCAAAGUGGACAGCAGAAGCACAAAAGAGUUCAAUUGUUUUUCUAACAGAAAAAGAUGCUAAUUUAAUCAAUCUGUCUGAUUGAUUUUUUGUCGUAGAAAAGAAUUCUGUUCAUUUCGUAGCUUUCUUUAACCAUUUGUACCUAAAAGUAUACUUCAUUUUUAGUUUGGUUGAAUAAAAGUUGUCAACUCUUUAGUUUAAAAAUAGAUGCAAAAUGAGUAAUUAGUCUAUUUGAAGUUGUUUAUUUGACACAUCUGACAGAACAGAUAACGGCAAACUCAAUUAUUUUUGGUAAAUGUGUUUUAUUUAUCUUUAACCCUUUUAAAAAUGCAAAAAACCUGAAAAACAACCAGACUUUUAUUUUUUUGGCUCCACAUUUAGACUUUUAUUUUUUGAUUAAAAGGCAGCAGUUCCCCCUAAUGGGAUAUUGUCAUCUCCACACCAACAAGCUUCAUGUCAACAAGUUCGCAACAAUUUAAAAUGAAUCGUCAAAGAAACUAUUAAAUAAUGGUACUUGGCAAUGCCAUGUUAUUGCUAUGAGUUAUCUCGGGGCCUGAUGGAGAAUAUUAUCAAGUAUUGACUAUAUGACAUCAGCAGAGAAGCUUUUUGCUUAUUUUGUGAGAACAUACAUUUAAUACUUUUCUUAAUGUUCGUUCAACAUGGUCGCAUGUUUCUCCAAACCACGAUUAAAUCUACUGUUUCUCUAUUUAUUUGGUUUUCUAUUUUCAAGCCUUAUUAAUCUAUUUUUAAUGUGUGUCACAAAUAAAUACGAUUAAAAAAGGCUUGGUUAUUUCCUAAAGCACACAACACUUGUAAGCAGGUUCAAUCCAUUGUUGAUUUGUUGACAAUAAGAAAAUGGAGAAUAUCAUCAGCCUUAUCCUUUAAUCCUCCAUGUAUACUGACCCAAAACUGUAGUAGAGAUACUUGCAUUUGUGCUGAUUGUUGCACUAAAUGUAUAUAAGUAUUUAUAAAUGUUUCAUUGAUCUGUGAAGCUGCUGUUGGGUUUUAUGUCAUUUUUUUAAGCAAUCCAAACAAUGUGGGAUGUAUAAUUUUGUUUGCUUGUCAUAAAUACUGGAUCACAUUAUACGCAGAUGACAUUACUCUGAACAUUUCUGUUAGAAUCAAAAGACACUGGGUGGA